AUGCCCACUGGCCCACCGGCCGGCUCGCCCGCAUCCUUGACACCACCCACCAUCCCGGCACGUCCUCCGCCUCCUCCACCUUCGUCAACACCUCUGCCUCCGACGCCUCGCCCACCGCCACCACCACCACCACCGCCGCCGCCUCCGCCUCCUCCACCUCCUCACGCCGCUCCUCCGAGUCCUUGCGCACCACGCCCAGCGCCAGCCGCCGCGACCGCGACCGGACCUCGCAGGACUGCUCCAAGUCGAUGUCCGCGGCGAGCACCGCUCACAUACACGCCGCCCUCCUCGACCAGGCCUCCGCUGCCGCAUCCGCAUCCGCAUCCUCGCGCACCGGCCGGGCUUGCCUUCCCCCAGCGUCACGCCCCCCUCCACCCUUGGCUGCUCUUCUCGCACGACGUGCGACGCAGAAGAUCGGCAAGGAGGAGACGCGGCGACUGACGCGCCCCCAUCGUCUACCCUGCACUCCUCUCCCGCGUCGCCGAGGCCUUCCGCGUGCGCGUUCUUGAGCGGCGACAUGCCUUGCCUUUGCGCGCGCGCUCAGCAAGUUCAUCCUGACCCUGCAUCCCAACUCGGCGUCCAUGCAGGAGAGCGGCUUCUCACCCUCGCACGACCCCUCCUCCACCGACUCACCGCUACCGUCGCUAGGUGAACCCGAGCGCGACGACUCAAGAUGCACCCUGCGCUCUGCUCAGACGCGCUACAUGCGUUCGAACGUGUCAACAAGGAGGGCAAGGGCAAGCUGGCGGCGGAGAGACAAGACGGGAAAGGGAGGGCUGAUUGUUACGAGGGUAUGUGCCUCCUCUCGUGUUUCUUCUUGCCCCUCCCUUAACAUUUCCGCCGCACGCACGCAUCCCCUCGAACUCAUGCACAUGCGUCCUCUCUCCUCUCAACAGCCUUGAAGCCUACGCACCUUGGACCGCGCCGCUUCACUGUCUCAAGGCCGACGUCCCGUCCUUCGACCUCACGCACCGCCGCCACGCACUGUC